AUGAUUCCGUCCAUGGGGCUUCUCAAUUCCCUGGGUAUUCUUCAUGCCUGGACAAGCUCCCACCAACUCAAUGAUUAUUCCGAGUCUAGCAUUGGAUGGAUCUACGGUGCCUACGGGUUCUUUCUUUAUUUUGCCGGUGCUCAAACUGAAUAUUACCAGAUCUUCCUUUCCUUCAGUGUUCUAGGCGGCCUCUCAGCCUGCACGCUUUUUACGCCCGCCGUUUCAUGCGUAGGGCACUGGUUCAACGUUCGUCGAGGUCUUGCAACGGGAAUAGCUUGCACAGCUGGCGGCCUGGGAGGCAUUAUAUUUCCGCUGAUCAUAGUAUUCGCCGCGCCUAAAAUAGGAUUCCCAUGGGCAGUCCGCAUCAUUGCCAUUCUCUCUGCUAUUCUUCUCGGUUUAGCCUGUCUGCUCUUGCAAACAAGACUUCCACCUAAUAAGAAGGCUGGAGCUUUUAUCGACUUCAAAGCGCUCAAAGAGAUCAAAUUUGCCUCGACCGUGGUCGCCAUCUUCCUGGUUGAAUUUGCAGUAUUCAUCCCCAUUACAUACAUUGCCUCCUACGCCGUCCAUGUUGGUGUCGCGGAUACUCUUGCCUAUUCUCAAAUCAUAUUCCUCAAUAUCGGCGCCAUUCCCGGUCGAUUUCUGCCGGGUUUGAUUGCCGAUAAAUUUGGCCGGUUCAACAUUAUGAUCCUCACGUCGCUGAUCUGUUCCACCCUCACUUUGGCAUUAUGGCUGGCUGCGGGAAGGAACUUGGCAGCAAUUAUUUGCUACGCGGUAUUCUUCGGUUUCUGGAGCGGAGCAGCCAUCAGUCUGACUCCUGUCUGUAUUUCUCAGGUCUGCGCGACAGAGGACUAUGGGAAAAGGACCGGGACGACAUUUACGAUUGUCAGUGUUGGGACUCUCACCGGGAUACCGAUUGCCGGGGCUGUCCAGGAGGCGGAUAAUGGUGGUUAUCAGGGUCUAAUCAUUUUCGGGGGUGUUUUGUACUUUACAGCCACUGUUGCCUUUGUGGUCGCUAGGAUUAUCUGCGCGGGAUGGGGUCUGAGGACCAAGUUCUAA